UGUCUGAGUGAGCUGCAGAAAGAACAUGAGCCCUCAGCUCUGGCUGCUAGAGAGACCUCAGUACUGACAGAGCAGCGUCCAUACCGACAUUUCAUACCCGUUAACCGGAAGCAGAACUCUCCCCGGCUGCUCGGAGACGUGGGAAUCAGGACACCGGUCUGACCGUUAAGUGACCGAGAAGAAGUACGACACGCGCGGGGCGAAAGGAAGAAAGUUGUCGUUUUCUGUUCCCUGGCCCGUGUGUGUUGUCUUGUUUACGGGGCCUCUUGUUACCUGUGUCGUUAUUUUAGUUAAUUAGUUAUCACACUGAAGGACCAGCGAGGACUCAUUGGACAUCAUGGCGGACUACCUGAUCAGCGGUCAAACCGGUUACAUCCCUGACGACGGGCUGUCGGGAACACAACUGUUCAACGGAGGAGACGGGCUCACAUACAAUGACUUUCUGAUUCUGCCAGGCUACAUCGACUUCACAUCAGAACAAGUGGACUUGACCUCGGCGCUCACCAAGCAAAUCACCAUGAAAACGCCCUUUGUCUCCUCUCCAAUGGACACCAUCACAGAGGCCAACUUGGCCAUCGCUAUGGCACUCACGGGGGGCAUCGGCUUCAUCCACCACAACUGCACGCCUGAGUUCCAGGCCAAUGAAGUUCGCAAAGUCAAGCGCUAUGAGCAGGGCUUCAUCACAGACCCGGUGGUGAUGAGCCCCGGCGAGUGCGUUCGAGACGUCUUCCAGGCCAAAGCUCGUCAUGGCUUCUGUGGAAUCCCCAUCACGGACAACGGAAAAAUGGGCGGCAAGCUGGUGGGCAUCAUCUCGUCUCGAGACAUCGACUUCCUGAAAGAGGAGCAGCACAACCUGCCACUGAGUGAGGUGAUGACGAAACUAGAAGAUCUCGUGGUUGCCCCUGCUGGAGUGACACUAAAAGAAGCCAAUGAAAUCCUCCAGAGGAGUAAGAAAGGUAAGCUGCCCAUAGUGAACGAGGAGGGGUCCCUGGUGUCCAUCAUUGCCCGCACAGACUUGAAGAAGAACAGAGACUUCCCUCUGGCCUCCAAAGACUCGCGCAAACAGCUGCUGUGUGGCGCCGCCAUCGGCACCCACAACGACGACAAGUAUCGCCUGGACCUGCUUGUGCAGAGUGGGGUGGAUGUGGUUGUACUGGACUCUUCUCAAGGCAACUCAAUCUUCCAGAUCAACAUGAUCAAAUAUAUCAAAGAAAAGUAUGAAAAUCUACAGGUCAUUGGAGGCAAUGUGGUGACUGCAGCUCAGGCCAAAAACCUGAUAGACGCAGGAGUUGAUGGGCUGAGAGUGGGGAUGGGCAGCGGCUCGAUCUGCAUAACGCAGGAAGCUCCUCCCCAUGUCCCACCAGUAAUAAAUCUCUACAGCCCCAAAACCCCAACCACUGUUACGGGAUACUCCAUGCUGGCGUGCGGCAGACCCCAGGCCACAGCGGUCUACAAGGUAUCGGAGUACGCCAGGCGGUUUGGUGUGCCGGUCAUCGCUGACGGAGGCAUCCAGACGGUUGGGCACAUUGCCAAAGCCUUGGCACUGGGAGCAUCCACAGUGAUGAUGGGCUCUUUGCUGGCUGCCACCAGUGAAGCUCCCGGGGAAUACUUCUUCUCCGACGGCAUCAGGCUAAAGAAAUACCGCGGCAUGGGUUCCCUGGACGCCAUGGAUAAAAACCUGGGCUCUCAGACCAGAUACUUCAGUGAGUGUGACAAGAUCAAAGUGGCUCAGGGCGUUUCUGGAGCAGUGCAGGACAAAGGCUCCAUUCACAAGUUUGUUCCCUACCUGCUGGCUGGGAUCCAGCACUCCUGUCAGGACAUCGGAACCAAGAGCCUCACACAGCUCAGAGCCAUGAUGUACUCCGGAGACCUAAAGUUUGAAAAGAGCACCACUUCAGCUCAAAUGGAGGGAGGAGUCCACAGCAUGCACAGUUAUGAGAAACGUCUGUUUUGAGAAGACGCCAGACUGAGAAUCCCUCCGACAGACACAUUAUGCAAACACACCUUUCAUUCACCACUAACUGUUCAUACAAGUUGGUCUCUAAAGAUGGGCUCUCACACCCACUCUACUUCCAAGGAUCCAUCCAGUCUUCCUGCCAGUGUCAUCUAUGCAUCGUGUGCGUUUAUGAAGGAUGGGAAUCAAGCAUUUAUCAAUCAGUGCACGCGUGAUUGAGUCCCUCAAGUUGUGAUUAAAAUAAAUGUCUGGAAUAUCCAUGUUGAGGCAAAAAAGAAGUUGUCCAAUAAUAAAAGCUCAUGUGUUUUUUCCACGA